AUGUUUGGCAUUCGUACCCCUGCUAAAAAACCAUCAAAGGACGAUGGGAAACACUCCCCGGAACAGAGGGCUGGACCCUCCCGAGCAUCUCCCAUCGAAAGCUCAAAGGAAAUAACCAAAAAACCUGAGGUAGAGAAAGAGACAAAAUUAAAAACCGUCAGGAGAAGCAUAGGAGAAUGGGAGGGAGACAGGACAGCUCCUCUCUGGGGACACGGCCCUAGAAGUACAGAGACGGGCAAACGCAGUCUUGGCACAUUGGUGACGCUGGUGACAUUGGUGACACCGGUGACAUUGGUGACGCUGGUGACAUUGGUGACACUGGUGACAUUGGUGACGCUGGUGACAUUGGUGACACUGGUGACAUUGGUGACGCUGGUGACACUGGUGACGCUGGUGACAUUGGUGACGCCGGUCGCAUUGGUGACACCGGUGACAUUGGUUACGCUGGUGACGCUGGUGACAUCGGUGACACUGGUGGCAUUGGUUACGCUGGUGACAUUGGUGACGCUGGUGACAUCGGUGACACUGGUGACGCGAGGCCGCGCCGGCGGGGACAAGUCAUCAAUACCUACAAUCCCUACCAUCCACCCCCUCACAGCUAUAAAUAGCAAAGCACAAGGCAGGACUGACUCAGUAUCUCGCAGUAAACAAACCACAGCGCAUCUGCACUGCCCCGGUGACGGGUCCCCGGUGGCAUCGGAAACGGGCGUUGACGGUUCAUUGGCCCCAGUUGACAACCACCUCUGCAGUGUAACCUCAGUUGAUACC